CCUGGGCAACUUUGUCUUCGGCCCAAUUAGGACCAUCCCCAUCUUCAACCUGAAGCUCAAGCAACCUAAGCUCAGGCUAGAGAGAAGCUGUUACCUGACGACGCUAUGGCUUCAAAGCUGCUUCCCCUGAGAAGGCUGUCGAGGCUUCUCAAACCUCCAUCUUCUGUUUCUUCUUCGACUUUCAGGUCGUCUUUGUAUCUUCUAGAAGCUUCGAAAUGUCUACAUCUCUCUGAGAACAGUCACGGACCUCGUUGUUGGAUUGAUUCUAGAAGCUUCUGUUCUAGCCCCUUGAACCUCAACGAUGCUGAAGUCCCCACCGCUAUCGAUUAUAGUUCUGUACUGCAGGAGGAUGAAUUUCACAGGCUAGCUGAUACUACAAUACAUGAUCUUCAAGAGAAAUUUGAGGAAUAUGGAGAUAGCGUUCAAGUUGAUGGCUUUGACAUAGACUAUGGGAAUGAGGUGCUGACCUUAAAACUUGGGGAUCUCGGCACCUAUGUUUUGAACAAACAAACACCAAAUAGACAACUUUGGUUGUCUUCCCCAGUGAGUGGUCCUUUCAGAUUUGACUGGGAUCGGAAUGCUCAAGCUUGGGUUUAUAGAAGGACCAAAGCUCAUUUAUUGAAACUUCUAGAAAGCGAGAUGGAGGAACUGUGUGGCGAACCAAUCAGCCUAUCAUAAACCACCCCAGAAGGUGGCCAAUAUAGUUUCACUCGGAAAUUAAUUUCAGUGCUGAUAGUUUUUCUUCCAGAAAACAUUUUGGAGCCCUCCACAGUAGGAUGCUUUCGUUCGUGGUGUUUAGUUGUAAUCUAUCUUGAUUAGUUAGUUAAUUAAUUUGUCAGAAAAUUUGUUUGUUUUAAAAACUUGUUUUUGUGAUGGCAAUUAUUCUGUGAAUAUGGUAUAAGAUUACGAGCAUUCUAAUAAGCCACAGAUAAGCAGGCUUAAGGUUAAGGAGAAGGCAAGAACAAGAACUUCAUGUCAUUGUUUUAAGGCAACAACAUUGUAAUAUUGUUUUUGGUAUUAACAAAAUUGUAAUUUGA